UAGAAAUUUGCCCAUCCGUCUGGUAACCGAGGUUCUUCUUGUUUCGGCGUUAAAAUGCUCAAAAACCCGUCUCCAUAGAAGAAAAACGCGGAACGUCUCGGAAUUGCAACCUUUUCGCGAUAUUCGGGCAAUUGGAAAAACCGCGCAGCCAGCAAAAUCGUUUCCACUAAGCUGCAUUUGUAUACAGAGCAGGUGGUGUUGUCUCCCUCUCGCGCCCGCACUGCUCGCUCCCGAUGUGCGAGCGAAACAACAACAAACAAGUUACAAGCUCCAACAAAAUUCCGUCUUCAUUCAAUGCGAAACUGGAGCUAGACUCCAGCAAAGACGACACCAUUCACUCCACAAGCUUGAACAAGAAGCUGGUCAAGAUUAAAAAGUUCAAGUUGGACGAUAUGAAGGAGAUGGUGGGCGGCUGUUGCGUUUGUUCAGACGAGCGGGGGUGGCCGGAGAACCCGCUCGUCUACUGUGACGGCCAGAACUGUACUGUGGCAGUGCACCAGGCGUGCUAUGGCAUUGUGACGGUUCCCACUGGACCCUGGUAUUGUCGCAAGUGCGAGUCCCAGGAGCGAACCUCUCGCGUCCGAUGCGAACUGUGUCCCUCGCGGGAUGGCGCCCUUAAGAAGACGGAUAAUAGCGGGUGGGCGCACGUUGUUUGCGCCCUGUACAUCCCAGAGGUGCGAUUUGGGAAUGUGACCACCAUGGAGCCCAUCAUAUUGUCAUUAAUACCGCAGGAGCGGUACUCAAAGACUUGCUAUAUUUGCCAGGAGAUUGGCAAACCAACUCGUUCCAAUGUCGGCGCCUGUAUGCAGUGCAACAAAUCGAAUUGCAAGCAGCAGUUUCACGUCACCUGCGCGCAGAGCCUUGGAUUGCUCUGCGAGGAGGCUGGUAACUAUCUGGAUAAUGUGAAGUACUGCGGCUACUGUCAGCACCAUUACAGCAAACUGAAAAAGGGCGGCAACGUCAAAACAAUACCUCCAUAUAAACCCAUUCAACAUGACACCUCUUCCGAUUCGUGUUCGUCGCCCGAGAAGGAGAUUGAUUCUACCAUGAACUCCGCGACAACCUCGGCCACAAGCCUAAAGAUUACCAGCAGCAGUGGCAGUGGUGGUGGCAGCAGCAGUGCUUUGAAUGCAAGCUCCAGUGCUGGAAUCUCUGGGGGAAGCGGCAGUGGGAGUGGCGUCUCAUCUUCCUCAAAGCAGCGCAAGAGCAAUGCAUCCAGUAAAUCAUCUAGCAGCAGUAGCAGCAGCUCGUCAUCCUCAACAGGAGGGGCUCCCAAUCCCUCCUCGAGUACUGCGCAUUCGGGAAGUGCUAGCAAUAUGACAGGAGGAGGAAAUUUACUACCAGGCAGUAGCAAUAUCGGCAACAUCAGCAAUAGUUUAAACAAUAAUCUGCCCGGAGGCAGUUCGUCAACCAGCAGUGCUGGAAACGUGCCUGGUGGAAGUGGGGGAUCCCUAUCAGCUUCGAGCGGUGGUGCUACGCAAUCGACAAGCGGUCAAUCGUCCACAGCACCAGGGACCACCAAAUCUUCGGCCAGCAGUUCGAGCAGUAGUAGCAACAGCUACAAGGAGAAACAUAGCAAAAGCUUAAGCAAAUCCACAUCCAGCAAGGACAAGGAUGGAAAAGAUAGCUCUAGCAAUUCAGCGAAUAACAAUUUUACAAAUUCAUCUGCAUCAUCAACAUCUUCCAACUCCUCGUCGACACGGGAGAAAUCCUCAUCAAAGCUUUCGAAGAACAAAGAGUCGAAUCAAGUACCCAGUGCCACCAGCAGCUCAAGCACAACGAGCAGUAUCAACACCCAGCCCAGUUCGUCGACUUCAACUGCUACGGCUGGAUCGGGCGGUACUGGGACUCAUGUAAGCAGUUCUGCUGCCAGUGGAAUCAACUCAGCUCCUUCCACAACUAAUGAGCAUUCGAAUCAUGCCCACAACCUUAGCACAAAUGGAACAGGAGCCGGAAGCGCGGCCGGAAAGAUGCAAUCAGCCAGUAAUCUGAGCACCAGUAGUUCUGGUUUUGGAUCGGAUCUGCGAUCAGUCAGCACAUCCUCAAGUUCCACUUUGAACGACUCCACCGGAGGAUUCGGUAGUAAUUCAAAUUCAGAAAGGGAGAAUUUGUCAGGCGCUGGAUCGUCGACAAGCAACAUGCCCGGAACAAUAGCUCCUGGUACGGGUGGCGUAUCUUCCAGUGCGGCCACUAAUCUAAGCUCCAAUAAAGGAGGCUCUUCGUCAUCGGCGCCAAAUAGUCUUACAUCUACGAGCACUUCCUCGGGCAGCUCUUCUAACUCGUCAUCGAAAAAACGAAAAGCGGAUUCUGCUAAGUCCAGUAGCAGUAUUUCCACCUCUGGGUCCGCUCUGGAGGAUAACAAUAGGUGGGGAACGAGAAACGCAAAGAAAAGCAUAAUAUCCCGCUUUGAUAUCAAAGAUGUUCAUGUUUCACUGACGCCUCUAACAGAUUUUGAGAAGGAAAUCGAGAAGAGCUCCAAGAGGCAACGUACCGAACUCAGUCCGCCGACCCACCAAACAUCCGCAACCGCCGAAGUAAAUGCACCGCUGGCCAGCUCGACGAGUGCAUCCAUUGCGGUAACUGCGAGUGCGACGGCGGCAUCAGCCCCUCCAGCAACGGGCACCACUACCUCAGGCAGCAGCAUUAGCGGCAAUGCCGGCUCAACCUCCAGCGGUAACAGUUCCGGAGUAUCGGCGACUGGAGGAGCACAAUCCGCCGUGGGGUCUGGCGGCUAUCCAAAGACAGAAUCGAGCAAGUCGAGUGGCACCGCAAGCGCAGGAAGUGGCAGUGGCAGCAGCAGCAACACGAGUAGCACCAAGCACGGCAGCAACAUCAAGGACAGCAGUAGCAAUCAGCAGGCAUCGACUGCGAGCAGCAGUAGUGCACCCAGCCUUUAUGUCUCCGUGCCACUGUCCACGGCCAACGUACCUGGAAUCAAUCUGCCCACCAGCAGCACUAGCAGUAGUGGCACCAGCGAGUCCCAUUCGGCAUCAUCGCGCAGCAGUGGUGCACAAUCUCAGCAUCAGCAGCAGCUAAGCAAUGCUUUGGUUGGUCCGCCAAUGGGAGGAUCCGCUGGGGCUUUUCAUGGCGGAACAAUCAGCGGUGGGUCCUCGUCGGUCAUCCAGCAUCAGAGCGGCAAAUCAUCGCCGGCUCUGGGCACGCUAGUCAGUGGCAACAGCGGUGGCAGCAUAAUCUCCGCCAGUGGCAUUCCACUACCGAGUGGUAACCUCACUGCCACGACUACGGAGAGCGGCAACUUGAAGAUCAGCUAUGAGAAGCAGACGACACGAGUGCAACAAUUGCAGGAACAGGAGGCGCCUCCGGCCAGACGCAGCAGAACGCUUGAUCUGAGCACGGCCAGCACUUCAUCGUCAUCAGCAUCUGCAGUGCCCGCGACAACAUCUCCCUUGGUCGUACUGAGCAAUCAAUUGCCACUUAACUCAGUGGCAGCUAGUGGUUCCACCGGUGGUCUCAAGUUUACCUACGAGAGUCAGACGACCCAGAUGGACGUGCCCAUGAUGCCUGUGAGCGCCAUUAAGGAUUCUCCGCCCAGUUCCCCCGGCUCAGAGAUAGGAUCGGCCAUGCACUCCGCAACUACUGCACCCGGUUCCCUGACUGGAGCUCCGACAGCGGCGGCUGCUCAACCUGGGAAUGUGCGGAAGCGUGGACGCAAGGCCAAAGAUGCGACGAUAGCUGCAGCAGCGGCGGCAGCUGCAGCAGCAGCUGCCCUCAGCAAUUCUCAACAGGAUCUCAAGGAUGUGCGCAUACUGCAGAAUGGGGCGAGCAAUGCCUCCGGCAAUCCAGCUGGCAGCACACCAACGCCUCCUGCUACUCCCGCAUCGUCCAAUGCUGUCAGCUCAGCCAGUUCGAUCAUAACACACACAGCGGCGCAUAUGCUGGGCAACCAGAUCAACCCAAACAGCAGCGUCGCCCAGAAGCUGUCCGAGCAGCUGCACAUGGAGGUCCAGGAUCACUCGAUCUACACUCCCGAUUCAAUGAACUCGCAAUACGCCGGAGUUCCGUUCCCCGGCAAGCAGCGCAACUCCACUGCCGUUCCUAGCAACCCCACACCAGCUCAAAAUCCGCUGCAAUCGAUGUUCAGCGGUGGCGGCAUGAACGGCAACAUGCCUAUUCCGCAAAGUCUGGAGCAGCUGCUGGAGCGCCAGUGGGAGCAGGGCUCGCAGUUUCUCAUGGAGCAAGCGCAGCACUUUGACAUUGCCUCGCUGCUUAAUUGCUUGCACCAGCUGCAGAGCGAAAACCUCCGGCUGGAGGAGCAUGUGACCAGCCUCAUAGCGCGACGUGAUCACCUGCUGGCGGUCAAUGCGCGCCUGCAGAUCCCGCUGAGUACCAUCGCAAGCAACACCAAGGCCGAGGCGCAUGCCGCCAUAUCAACAACGGCAGCUCCAACAACCACAACAACAACCUCAACAACAACAGCAACAUCAACUUGUACAACUUCUGUCAUUUCCACAAUAGCUUCCAGCGGCAACAGCAGCACCAGCAGCACCAGCAACAUCGGACUCGGCAGCAACAUGAGCGCCCUCAAUGCGGCCACAACAAUCGCAGCAGCCGUCUCACUGGCAACAACGGCCAUCAAUACCACCAUCCCCACCAUGGCCAAUAGCCGGCCAACAGUGGCUGCUGCGAGUUCCAGUGGAGUGCUCGACUAUCGCGGACCAGGUGCCACCAGCAACAGCAGCAAUAGCAAUAGCAAUAGCAACAGCAGCAACAACACAAUGAGCAAUAGUGUGAGCAACAGCAGUAGUAAUCCUACAAGCUCUUCGAGUGCCAGCGGACCGCCUGCAUCAUCCAUAUCGAUCUCCGGCAUGAGCAUGUCCAAUGCAACCAAUUUGGGAAUGAGACACGUUUCUGCGGCCCAUGGGUCCAACAAUGCUGGGAACAGCAACAGCAGCGUUUGGAGCUUAAAUGCCAGUAGCGCCGUCAACAGCAACAGUUUGCACAACCAGCAUUCAUCGCCACAGCAGCAGCAUCAGGCGCAACACCAGUCGCAUCCGUUGCAGCAGCAGCAGCAACAAGUGCCACAUCAUCUGCAUCAGUCGCACCACACCAGCGCUGCUGUGGCAGCGGCCCAUAUGCUUGGCGUGGGAAUGAGCCUGGGCGCUGGAGGUGGUGCUGCCGGUGGAAUUGGACGAGGUGGGUCAGCGACAGCCAUGGCUGCAACAGCAGCAACAACCACAACUACUUUUACGACCACAUCGGGCACGGGCAUGGGUCAGCAGCACCACCACCCACACCCACACCAACAUCCUAGCAUUCAGAUUCAAGUGGGUGGCGGCGGCGUUGGCGUUGACGGUUUAAGUAGCACCUCCUCCUCCUAUGCGGUGCACCACGCGGCUCUCUACAGCACGCAUCAUCAGUCCCAACUAAGGCGCGACGAUAACCUCGCCAAAACUAGCUGAAAGUCGCACAGUGAGCCAGUCCUUCAGCAGCCGCAGCAACAGAUAAAGUUAAAGAGAAAGCAGUCCCUGGCCAAGCGAGGAGCCCGUCAUAGCAGUACCAGUACCAGUACCAGCAGCAGUAGCAGCAAUCCCGGCAGCAAAAAACUGACCCAGCCCAGCAAAUACAGCAAGCUGAGUGCGGCGGAGUCUAGCUUUCAGCAGCUGAUCGACAAAAAUGAAGAUGAUUUUUGUCAUUACAGCUCAGCAGCAAUAGCAGCUCUUCGACCUUUUCAUCCUCCUCCCAGCAGCAGUCGUCUGUGGACUACGAGGCGGAGGACGAGAACGAGGACAAGCAGCGCAGGCCGUUGCAUAAAAACGACAACGACAGCUUGCUGCACGUUCAAAAUUUCCUCAAGUGCUUCGGACCGAAUGCUUAUGCAUCGACCAAACCACCCACUCCAGCAAUCGCAUCAAAGCCUCUAGCCAUCGGUAAGUCCAUUGGCGGAGGGCAACUGCGUGCCUGGCGCCAGAAUUAUAGCUCUCCAAUUAAUGGAGUUCAGGCAGCCACCUCAAUAGCAACAUCACAGGCGGCCCAGUCGACGACAGCCGUAGCGGAAAACCCAAGCACAAGCACUGCCAUGUUUCAAGCCCAGUCCACUGCGAACCAUAAGCCAACCACCAAGUUUCAAAUAAACACAAAGUUUUUGCGCAAACCACGCAACAAACUGCUGAAAAUGCUGCCGACAGCGGCAGCUCCAGCGGCGACUGACUUCAAGCAACAGGAGGAGGAACUGCAGCUGCCGCAGAUGUUCAACGAUGAUUCCAACGCCAAAUUCAAAGACUUUUCAAUUGACUCGUUAUUGAAUAAGUAAACGUAAACCAUUAACGAAGUAACUAUCACUUACGAUUUAGCCUUAUUAUUUGUAGCAUAAUAGAAGAAAUAUUACAUACAAGCAGAGCCCGACCGCGUUCCUAGUUUCCCUCAACAAAACCACCACAAAUUUUGUUUAGCCAAUCGAGUAGCCACACCGUGAACAUAGCGACAACAUAUUCUAACUAAUUGUAGUUGUUUAUUGUUUAUUUAUUAUAUGCGUAUUGUAUAACCAAUGCCGCAAUUCAUAGCUAGCAUAAGUAUGUAAAUAUCUACUUAAAUUCGAUAAUAAACCACAAACACGUGCUAGAAUUUAGAA